UGAUCUGAUUGACAGUCAAUGAAAACUGGUCAGCCUUGCAUGUUGCGGGUUACGUCACCGGUGUCCAUGUCCCGAUGCACCUGUUGAGUCAGUUCGAGGGCAGCUGAUUGAGCACCGGCUGGAUAUUUGUGCACUAACAGUGAAAUCCAGGUCGAACGAGCUUGUUGUGCUCUCAGGACUUCCGGAAGAAGCCCGUCACACUGCGACAUUUCCCCCAUACGGUACCCUGCGUCUCAGAUCCUGUGACUCAGUCCAGCGUCAGGUAACAGUAGAAACAGCCACCAGAGGACGGUCUGGGCCGAGUGUUGUCCCUAUGGAGAGCGCCCCGUCCUGGACCAGUGGUCCCAUUGAUGAAGGGCCAUACCGAGAGCGCUCCGUUGACCCCGUAGAGAUUGAGAUCCAGCCCUUCGGAGUGAGGCACAAAGUCAACAAGGAUGCCAACGGCAAUACGACUGGGCCGGAGACCGUAAGCUUUCUCCCCUCCAAAGAGGAGCCCGUCUCGGGGACGUAUAUGUGCGUACCUUGUGCUUCUGUGCGAAGCUGCAGGAAGCUCUUUUGUAGCGUUUUGACUUGUGGACUGUACCGCGUGUGCCGGCGCUUACCUUGUCUCCUUUCGAGCGAAAGCUCAGCUCCCAAAGCGCCGGUGGAGAACCAAUCAAGUCCUCCACAGGCAGAGAACGGCUUCUAUCCUGACAUCUGCAUUGGUGGCGUCAAAGUGGACACGUCCGUCAUUGAAGAUAAUGAGGAGCAUGCAUCGUUUUCCACUUCCAAAAUCGAGAUGGACAGUCCGAUUUACUUCAGUAGUUUACUGGAGGAUGACUUACUCUGCGGCAGCGGGAUGGAAGACGUGGACAAACUCAUCACCCGGAAGCUCAUGGAGGUCUUCUCUGAGUUUGAGAUCAACGAGCUGGCCAAGUGCACCACGGACUCCAUGUUCCUGCGGCGCUCCCGGGAGAUCAGUCAGCUGAUCUCGGAUAUCGUGGAGGAGCACGACAUGGAGGAGCAGGAGGCCGAGUGCCGGCUGGUGCGAGAGAUCAUUCGCAUCAGCACACGCAAGAGUAAGAAGAAGCCGCAGGUCAGGCCGCAGGAGCUGCAGCGGGACAGCGGCAAUGACACCUGGAACAGCAAGAGGAACAGCCAGAAGAGCAGCUUCAGUUCCAUGAGCGAUGGAAAGUUGCAGAUUUCGAUGGAGAGGUCAGAUGACAUUGAAGCCAGGAAGUUACGCAACAGCAGUAGCCAGUCAUUCUCUCCGAGUUUGCAGGAAACUGGUGUGCCGAUCACGUCGGACACUCGUUUACUCCCCAGCAGCAUACGAGCGUGAGAGUGUCCCGUCAGACAUGCAUCAUUUUCAUUUCCACACCUCCAUAAAUGAUGAAGAACAUGUCCUCUGGCUUGGAGUCAGUGGCUGAUUUUGAAGUGUACCCCUAAAAAUCGUGAUUUCAUGACUAUAGUUUAACAUUUCUGAAAUGGUAUGUGUAUUUAUGCUUCUAUUUCAUAUUUUCUUGUGAUGGAUGUGUGAAGUAUCUCAACGCUGCGCUGUCUAGAAGACAUAAGCCAACAAAUGACUCGCUGAGAAUGAAGAAUAAGAAACAGUCUGACCUCUUUAUUGCCAACAGAUGCACAUAUACUGUUGGAGCAAUAUGGCCUGAUUCUUUCAUAAUGAUUUAACUUUCCAUUCAUUUCUGCCUCUUCAAGAGUUAUUUCAUCCGAAAAUGAAAAUUCUGUCAUUUAUUAACCCUCAUGCCAUUCCAAAAUCAUAUAGUUUUCCUCCUUUCAUAAAACACAAGUGGUGAAUUUGUGAAUUUCGGUAUAUUGAAAGUGAAUGGAAACUCUCACAAAAAAAGCAGUAGUGCAUUGUCAAACACAAUGGUUUUUGAAGACUUGUAAUAUAGCGAAUAAGUCAUAUAGACUACCUUUAUGAUAAUUUAGUGGCAUCCCCAAAGAUUGGCCAGAAAAUUCAGCUUUGUGUUGCACUGAAGAAACUAAGGGUGUGCAAAUUGAGGGUUAAUAAGUUUUUGACAUUUGAAUAGCGAAAUAUUCCUUUACUGCUAAGAUGAUGAAUGUAUUGGUCAAAUGUUGGCACUUCAGUGAAAGUUUGGCUGUGUGAAGUUUGUUGGACCAAAUGAAAAGCUUUGAGCCGGAAUGAAUGUGGAAGAGUUUUAAACGGGCCUGCCUCUGUGCUUAUUUAAACGUCCAUAGAAACAGCAUAUGCACUUGCCAUAUGCAAAAUCUAGGAUAGCAUCUGAUUAAUGCUUGAUUUUCAAUGUAUAUUUUAAUGUAAAUUUCACUGUUGCAAGAGUAAUAUGUUAGGAAAAUUUGUUCUCUUAUGUAAGACUGCUAGGUUUGCUUUAAUAAUAUUAAUAAUAAAAUCUCUGUUGCUUGGUAAACAUGGAUUAAGAAAAAUAUCUUAUGUUACAGGGGUGCAUGCUUUACUCAGAGACCUGGUAAAAACUGUAUGCAAACUGAAUUAAAGUAUUUUGCGUUUGCGUGUGCCUUCAGUGAAGACAACUGACGUAAUCAGAGUAAAUGCACUGUGUUCAAUCAGUUGUACUAACAUU